GAAAGAGAGCGAAGAAGAAAUGAUAGCCAAAGCAAAGCAACUACAGGAGAAACUUUAACAGAAAGCAAUACAACUCAAGCAACUUUACAAAUACUCUACCCUAGAGAGCAUACUCUAGAGGUGCAAAAGAUAUCUGUAACUAUACUAGCAAAUGAGGAUAAUGAUAAAAACCAAGAAUACAACUGUUAUAAAAGAAAAAAGAUAGCACUCAACACUACAGCCAACUUACUAACACACUAG